GGGACCGCGGAGCUUUCUGGGAAAAGAUGGAUGCUCACGAUCUGUUUCGCCGGCUCGGCGCGGGGGCGAAAUUCGACGUGAGACGCUUCUCGGCGGACGCUGCCCGAUUCAAGAUAGGAAAAAGGAAAUAUGACUUUGAUUCUUCGGAGGUGCUACAGGGACUGGACUUUUUUGGAAACAAGAAGUCUGUCCCAGGUGAGAGUGAAUCAUCAAGAACUCAUCAGGAACUACAAGAUGAAGAGAAAAAUGAAGAGAGCCUAACUGAAAGGAAGAGGGAGCAGAACAAGAAAAAGAGGAAGAAGAUGACUUCAGAAAUUACGUCUCAAGAAGUUUCUACUAUACAGUGGAUAUCAUCUGUGGAAGCAAAGAUUGAAAAUAAAAAAGUUAAAAGAGAAAAUAAACUAACUUCAGGAAAGUUGGAGCAGCUCAGAAAAGAAAAGAUAAACUUCUUCCGGAAUAAACAUAAAAUUCAUGUCCAAGGAACUGAUCUUCCUGACCCAAUUGCUACAUUUCAGCAACUUGACCAGGAAUUUAAAAUCAAUUCUCGACUGCUUCAGAACAUUCUAGAUGCAGGCUUCCAGAUACCUACGCCAAUCCAAAUGCAAGCCAUUCCAGUUAUGCUGCAUGGUCGAGAACUUCUGGCUUCUGCUCCUACUGGAUCUGGAAAGACUUUGGCUUUUAGCAUUCCUAUUUUAAUGCACCUGAAACAACCCACAAACAAAGGCUUCAGAGCCCUGAUUAUAUCACCAACACGAGAACUUGCCAGCCAGAUUCACCGAGAGUUAGUAAAAAUAUCUGAGGGAACAGGAUUCAGGAUACACAUGAUCCACAAAGCAGCAGUUGCAGCCAAGAAAUUUGGACCUAAAUCAUCUAAGAAGUUUGAUAUUCUUGUGACUACUCCAAAUCGACUAAUCUAUUUAUUAAAGCAAGAUCCUCCGGGAAUAGACUUAACAAGUGUUGAAUGGCUGGUAGUAGAUGAAUCAGAUAAACUGUUUGAAGAUGGCAAAACUGGGUUCAGAGACCAGCUGGCUUCCAUUUUCUUGGCCUGCACAUCCCACAAGGUCAAAAGAGCUAUGUUCAGUGCAACUUUUGCCUAUGAUGUUGAGCAGUGGUGCAGACUCAACUUGGAUAAUAUCAUUACUGUUUCCAUUGGAGCAAGGAAUUCUGCAGUAGAGACCGUAGAACAAGAGCUUCUCUUCGUUGGGUCUGAGACUGGAAAACUUCUGGCCAUGAGAGAACUUGUUAAAAAGGGUUUCAAUCCACCUGUUCUUGUUUUUGUUCAGUCCAUUGAAAGGGCUAAAGAACUUUUUCAUGAGCUCAUAUAUGAAGGUAUUAAUGUGGAUGUUAUUCAUGCAGACAGAACUCAGCAACAGAGAGAUAACACAGUCCAUAGCUUCAGAGCAGGAAAAAUCUGGGUUCUUAUUUGUACAGCCUUGCUAGCCAGAGGGAUCGAUUUUAAAGGUGUGAACCUGGUCAUCAACUAUGACUUUCCAACCAGCUCAGUGGAAUAUAUCCACAGGAUAGGUCGAACUGGAAGAGCCGGGCAUAAAGGAAAAGCUGUUACAUUUUUCACUGAAGAUGAUAAACCAUUAUUAAGAAGUGUUGCCAAUGUUAUCCAGCAGGCUGGAUGUCCUGUCCCAGAAUACAUAAAAGGUUUCCAGAAACUACUAAGUAAACAAAAGAAAAAGAUGAUUAAGAAGCCUUUGGAAAGGGAGAGCAUUAGUACAACUCCAAAAUAUUUCUUAGAAAAAGCUAAGGAUAAACGGAAAAAGGUCACUGGUCAGAACAGCAAGAAGAAAGUAACUCCUGAGGACAAAAGUUAAAAACAGACUUCUAAAAAGACUAUAUCACAAAUGUGAUUUUAUGAUUCCAGCAUGAAUGUUGUUUUCUUGGAAUACAUUGUCUUUUAAUCACCUGUACCAAACAUUUGAAAUCAACUACAAGAACAUGGGACUAGUGAAAAAUGAUCCUAAACUAUCAGUGCAUCAUGUCAAGUUUCAAUUCAUAGGUGAUUUUUUAAAUGAUUAUAUAAUGGAAAAAACAUUCAUUGACAUUCAUGUGGUUUGAAUCCAGAGCGAUGCUUCUUACAGAAGAACAAAAGUUUAUGCUAAAAAUAACAACACCCAAAUGUGGUGAACUGGAUUUUUCCCUUCAAGUGUGAAAGAGCGUGUCAUGUAUGCUGUGGAGAAGCAUUUGGAACCACAUUGCGAAGUAAAGUCUUGAGGUUGAAUGCCCCUUCCCACCCACUUUUUUUUUUUUUUUUUUUUGGAUGGACAAGAAGCAGCACGGGCUGUCUACCAAGAAUAAACCUACUGCUCUCUUUA